UUCAACUCGACAAGAAACCGAAACGGUUCAACUUGCAAAGCAAGCUUAACCAGGCGUUCUCUUUUGCCUUCACUAUUUCCUGUAUUAGGAAGCCAUCUUGUUUGGAAAGUUUAUGCGACAUUUCUUUUUUUAUUUUUAUCUUUCUUGUGUUUUUUUCCCCUUUUUUUCCCUUGUUGUGGGUCUCCUGGUGAAGUUUGGACUUUCUCAUUCUCAAAGCAGCUUUAGAGGAGCAAGACAGGAAGAGGUAGGGGGAGCCUUAGGGUGAGAAGGAGGCAGGCUCUCUGUUUAGAAACUAAGUUUAGUUAUUUAUUUCCUCAUCUAUUUUUUUUAAAUGAAAAUUUUUUUGUGAAGACAACAGAAGCUAGAAGUCACAUUUUACUUUUUGCUUCCUUACACCCUUCGGUCUUGCUCCACGCUUUGAUUGGCUUCAACAUUUCAGGAUGGCUGAUAGCAGCCCUGUAAUUCCCUCAACACCCCAGGUAUUCUUCCCUUCAGGUGUUUUUUCUCCCCACGGGUCAAUGGAGCCACAACAUGCCAUGCCGGUUUCAUUGCCUGCUAUCUAUACAGCAGGCUCCCAUGCUGUGGACACAGGGCUUUCCCAAGGGUCCUGUGGCACCAAUGCGUCUAUCAUGUCUCCCCCACAAGCUGGAGUGUCUUUCAUUAUCCAGAUAGGUCUGACACGAGAAUCAGUGCUUCUGCCCCAAACAGCAGAUCUUACAUACGUCAAACAGAUUGCCUGCUCCAUCGUGGACCAAAAGUUCCCUGAGUGUGGUUUCUAUGGGAUGUAUGACAAAAUCCUUCUUUUCAAGCAUGACACGAGCACUAACAACAUCCUUCAGUUGGUCAAUGGUGCAGCUGAUAUCCAGGAAGGUGAUCUUGUGGAAGUGGUGCUGUCUGCGGCCGCUACAUUUGAGGAUUUUCAGAUUCGUCCACAUGCUCUGAAUGUGCACUCGUACCGUGCCCCUGCCUUCUGUGACCACUGUGGAGAGAUGCUUUUUGGCCUAGUGAGACAAGGGCUCAAAUGUGAUGGCUGUGGGUUGAACUAUCAUAAACGAUGUGCUUUUAGCAUUCCAAAUAACUGCAGCGGGGCGAGGAAGAGACGCCUGUCGACCACAUCUCUCACCAGCAGCCAGUCUCUUCGUUUGUCCGCUUCUGAAUCUCUCAGUAGUCUUAGCACCAGCACAACCUCUGAAGAAACAAAUCUGAUCCGCUCACAAACACAGAUGGCUCGAACUCCCAGUGAAGCGCGACGGUUCUACACAGGACGGCCUGUCCACCUGGACAAGAUGUUAAUGAGUAAAGUAAAGGUGCCACACACAUUUGAAGUGCACUCCUACACGAGGCCCACUGUCUGCCAGUACUGCAAAAGACUGCUCCGGGGCCUUUUCCGCCAAGGACUGCAGUGCAAAGACUGCAAAUUCAACUGCCACAAGAGGUGUGCAUAUAAAGUGCCUAAUGACUGUCUUGGGGAAACUAUUGGAGAUAUGUUAAGUCCAGCUCCAGACACAGAAGUACCGAUGGACUACAGCAGUGACUAUUUGGACUCGGAAAGAACUUCACUGAUGGAUGAAUCUGAUGACUCCUGCAGCAUCCCUGGCUCCUUUUCACCUGACAACAAUCAGGAUGGAGUGAGUGGAGAUCAGAGUACUAAUAUUCCCCUCAUGAGAGUGGUACAGUCAGUGAGACACACAACACGCCGUUCCAGUACAGCUAUUAAGGAAGGCUGGAUGGUGCACUACAGCAACAAGGAUACUCUGAGGAAGCGACACUACUGGCGCCUGGAUUGCAAAUGCAUCAUCCUCUUCCAUAAUGACACCACCAAUAAAUACUACAAGGAAAUACCUCUUUCUGAAAUUCUUGAAGUAUGCCCAGCAAGUGACUUCAGUCUAGUGCCCAGUGGAGCCAACCCACACUGCUUUGAGAUUGUGACUGGCACCAUACGUUACUUUGUGGGUGAGAACUUAAACCCCACCCAGUUACCCAGCAUGACAGUACCCACCUCAACAAAUAGUGCAGUACCAAGUAGUGGAGUGGGACUGGAAAUGGCCAAAUCCUGGGAAAAUGCCAUACGUCAGGCUCUUAUGCCUGUCAUCUUCCAAGACAACCCUCCAUCUGAAGGCAGCGCCCCUCACAGACAGGCAUCAGUCAGUAUUUCAGUUUCCAACAGUCAGAUUCAGGAGAAUGUAGAUAUUGGAAUGAUUUAUCAGAUUUUCGCUGACGAGGUUCUGGGUUCUGGCCAGUUUGGAGUGGUAUAUGGGGGGAAGCACAGAAAAUCUGGAAGGGAUGUGGCUGUCAAAGUGAUUGACAAACUUCGCUUUCCAACAAAACAGGAGAGCCAGUUGAGGAACGAGGUGGCCAUACUCCAGAGUCUACGUCAUUUGGGAAUAGUAAAUCUGGAGUGUAUGUUUGAAACUCCUGAAAAAGUGUUUGUUGUAAUGGAGAAGCUUCAUGGAGACAUGCUGGAAAUGAUCCUCUCAAGUGAGAAUGGACGACUACCUGAGAGGAUCACAAAGUUUCUGACCACACAGAUACUGGCUGCCCUAAGACACCUUCACUUCAAGAAUAUUGUGCAUUGUGACCUGAAACCUGAGAAUGUGCUGCUGUCCUCAGCUGACCCUUUCCCACAGGUGAAGCUGUGUGAUUUUGGUUUUGCCCGGAUCAUCGGUGAGAAGUCUUUUCGGCGCUCUGUAGUAGGAACACCUGCUUAUUUAGCUCCAGAGGUGCUGUUGAACCAGGGGUACAACCGCUCUCUAGAUAUGUGGUCUGUUGGAGUCAUUAUGUACGUCAGCUUGAGUGGGACUUUUCCCUUUAAUGAGGAUGAAGAUAUCAAUGACCAGAUUCACAAUGCUGCUUUUAUGUACCCACCAAACCCCUGGAAACAAAUCUCUCCACAAGCUAUUGAUCUCAUCAAUAACUUGCUUCAAGUGAAGUUGAGAAAACGCUACAGUGUGGACAAGAGCCUAAGUCAUGUCUAUUUACAGGACUAUCAGACGUGGCUGGAUCUGCGAGAACUGGAAUCAAAGCUUGGGGAACGUUAUAUAACCCAUGAAAGUGAUGAUGCCCGCUGGCAGAGGUUUGCUCAGGAGCACACACUGCCGUACCCAGCUCACCUGGUACCUGUAUCGUCUGUCUCUGAUGAUGAGCAAGAAGGCACUGAUGAUGCUUCCAUGCAGGGACUGACUGAGCGUGUCAGCAUCCUCUGAGAACAGCGGAAAAGGCAGCCGAAUGUCAGUUGGAGGGGGUAAUCAGCUAUUUUCCAAAUAGACUUUUUUUUGGAACUCUUCUCCUCUUUCUGUUUUAAUCAAUCAACUCGUUGCUCUAUUGAUGAAGAUACAACAGGUGUAGCUAUCUUUUCAGACAGGUAGAGGUUCCUUCACGACAAACAUUUUCUUUCUUGACAAUACACAAAGGUAGUGGAAGAUAUAAACAUAAGAGUGUACAGUGCAAAGAUAUUAUUGUAACAUAUUUCUAUUAUUUGCUUCUUUAGCCCCUGAUUCAGUUUACAUUGGUAGUAAGUAUUUUAAUAUUACAAUAUGCAAAAAGCAUUAGUGGAUUUGAUUUUAAUCAGUUUUUCACUGAUAUAGGUUGUCAAUAUAUAUUGCAAUUUGGAUCUGUGUACAUAUUCCGUACAAUAAAGACAGACUUGUCAAACAA